AGUAGGAGAGGAAGAAGGACAAGUAGUUUUUUUUUUCUUCUUCGAUCAACGACACCGACGAAGAGAGAGAGAGAAAGAAAGAAAGAGAGAGAGAGAGAGAGAGAGAAAGAGAAAGGAAGAGACAGUUACUAGCUAACUAUCUUGUUGACUUGUGCGCGUGUUGGUGCAAAUAGUAGAUCAAUCCUACGUCCCUUGGAGUGCAGUCGCAAAAAGAGACGCUCAUAUUAAGAAAGAUAACUGAGAGUUUUUAACGUCGAGCCUUCUCCGUUACGGGUAUCGUGAGUUUUUUUUUUCACAUCUUGUGUAUCGUGCAACAACGAAUUAUCGUUGGUUCCCGUUGUUCCUCUUGUCUCGUUCGUCUUAUGCUCGUUACUAUUGCUAUAAAGAAGAUACACACUCAAAGAAAAUAGAAGGAAGUCGUGUGUACGUUUCACGGUUACGCGCUAACGCGCGUGCCGUACAUAUAAGAUAAACAGAGAGAAACAGAGAAUUAAUCAGCAAAAAUUUUGUCGUACCGUGAUUGAUAGACAUUCAUGCUCGCAAAUUCGUCGUGCGUGAUAAAUAUAAAAGAAGAAAUAUAACGAUACAGAAAGAGAGAGAAAGAGAGACACUUUCUUUUCUAUCUCGCCGUGUUAAAUCCCAGCACCUAUGGAAAGUGAUCCAUUUGAGGAUCCACCUUACGGACGUUUCAGACGUCGAAUUUGAGUAAGACGGACGAAAAGAGUGAGAGACAGACAAUAAGGGAAGAGAGUUUACGAAAGACAUACACUUUUUGGCUCGGAUAUCGUUAAUUAUCAUCCUUAUCGUUUUAUAGUUUGUUUGUUUCGUGUCAGCGCGGAUUUGAAAAGUAUAAUAUAGAGGGGGAGAGAAAAAAAGAGCGAAAGAGCGAGAGAGAGAGACAGAGAGAGAGAGUGAAAGGGAGAAGACAUUCAGCAUUGAAAAGGUUCAGAGGAGUUCUAAAGAAAAGUUCUAUUAUAAAUAAAUAACAAGAAAUUAAAAAGAAAAAAAAAAUAAAAGAAGAUGGCGAUACCGUUCGUGCAGCCGACCGAAGAGGAUCAGGAGUUAUCAAAUCAACAACUUCAAAUUAUGAUGGCUCUCUACAUGGCACUGCAACAGGUCCUACGGAGCAGAUCGUUUCGUCACUCAUCAAGGAAUCAUCAGCCUCGUCGUCAAGGGAACACAGUAGGUUCUCGAGAACACGGAUUGGUCCUGUUGGAUCAAGACAUUGCCGGAUUACCGUUACCAGAUUUAGUAUCAUCAGCGAUGCAACAAUUGCCACCUCCAUCGCCACAGGUUACGGUUUCCGCGCCUACCAGUCCAACGAGGGAUGCUACCUUUCAAUUUCCAGAAUGCAGUGGCACAAACAACGUAGCCGCCGCUGCGGCCGCCGCAGCCGCUGCUUCAUAUGCUAAUGUUGCUAGAAACAACAAUUAUGAGAAUGAGGAUGAGGAAGGGGCACCGGUCCCAACUCCAAGGCCACGGCCACGAAGACGCAGACCAAUAAAUGUUCGUGUCCCUUCGAAAAAGACAUCGCUCACGCUUGAGCCAGCUUGCAAUGGUGACAGCACUUGUUGUGAACAUCCUGGUCACGCUUUGCGUAAUGGACAAUGGUGGAUUAGUAUUGGAGCCAACCUCAGAAACAUAGCCGACGAUUUCCAGGCGUCCAAAACAAAGCUUUUGCCAUUGCGUGUUACAGAACGCCGAACUGGAGAACUCACGACUGUCGUUGGUGACUUCCGGUUUCCCAAGCAACACAAAUGGCAACAGCCUACCCACUGAGGAUAUAUUACGUUCCAUGAUCCCAGCGUCUAUAAGAGAGACGACGUUAUGGGUGACAGUGGCUCUCUACCUCGGUUGGAGGCUUGUCUCUCGUCUACGAUAAAUCCAUGAGCUUUCGCCUCGCCGCAUCAUCCCGAGCAUCAUCGCAUUGAGAAGAGAGGACCAUCGUUUAGGAAGAGAAGAAAAAGAUGAGGAGGAGAAGGAGGAGGAGGAGGAUGUGGAAGGGAAAGAAGAAGAAGAAGAAGGAGAAGAAGAAGAGGUAGAAGAAGAAGGAGGAGUAGGAGGAGGAGGAGGAGGAGGAGGAGGAGGGAUACUUUGAAGUUCUCCGAGGUAGAGUAAGACGAAAGGAGAAUUUAACGUGGGAGAACGACGAUGCCUUAAUUCUCUCGAUCGUCUUUAAAAUGUGAUCUAUAAAUCUUCUCCUCCGAACUCUGUUCACUCGUUGCUUUUCCUGAUAAUAUACUUCUUUUUUUGUUUUUUCUUUUUUUUUCUCGAAAGAAAGAAAGAAAGAGAGAAAGAAAGAGAGAGAGAGAGAGAGAUCGAACAAUUGAUAGAUCGAUCGACUAAUCGAUCGCCUAAUCGAUCUCUCGGUGUGCCGAACAAAUAGGAAAGUUUCGAGUAAGCGGAGAUAUUUUUCUUGCUCCAAAACGACGGUACUACAAUUCUAUCAUUAUUGCUAACAUAACUAGUAUUAUAUAUAUCAUUAUCGUUUCACAAUAUCCGACUUGCUAUCCUUCCUUCGAUAGAUUCGCUGACCUAUUUAGAACGAGCAUGGUGUUUUCUUGAUCUCUAUGAGAUAUGCGUAUGUGUCUUCCUAUUUUUUUACAUUUAAAUUGGACUGCGUCGUUCGUUUGGAAAAUAAUUGAAAAGAAAAAAAAAAGAAAGAAAGAAAAGAAAAAGGAAAAAAGGAAAAUAGAAAAAUAAAAAAAUAAAAAAUAUGAUGAAAAGGAAAAAAAGAGAGAGAGAGAGAAAGAGAGAAAGGAAGACAAAAUUGCCGAGCCAGUGGAUCAGAUUUUAAUAUGAUGACGACGACGACGAAUGUUUUCAAAUUAUUUUCGGCUUCAAAUCGAUAAUCCAGAUGAUCUCAUCGAAAUGAUCUUCAUCUUAUUUAAGAUAAAAGAGAAACACCAUGGCCGUUCCGGUUGAAUAAAAGGAGGAAGGAAGCAUUGAAGAGUAUAGUAUUUUGCGAUACGAUCGCUCGCCCUCGCACCUUCGAAAGUGUAGAAAA